UCAUUCUUACCUUGACAAUUUCAGGCUAUAAACAGGCCAACAUUGUGAUAUUGCACAAGUCCCUGGCUGAUGACUUUGAGAAGUUUUGCCAUGCAAAUAAUGGACCCCUGCCACUGCUGUACAGAAGCAAACCAGGUGACUGGAAGUGUUCUCUGAGUAGUGAUUCUGAUAUCAGAACUGAUUGCCUACAGUACAGAAUGUAUGAGCAUGGAGCUUGUACUGGAUCACUGAAAAGCCUAAAGGAGUAUUCCGAACAACUUAAGGACAUGGUGACUUUUUAUUUAGGCUGCAGCUUCUCUUUUGAAAAAGCAGUCCAAAAUGCUGGCAUUCCUAUAAGAAACGUUGAGCAAAAAUGUAAUGUAAGCAUGUAUAAGACAUCUGUGCCUUGCCAUAGCGUUUCUACGUUUUGCUGCAACUUAGUAGUCACAAUGAGGCCUAUUCCUGAAAGCAAGUUGGAAGCAGCGGUGUUAGCAACAUCUGAAUUAAAAGAAGCCCAUGGAGCACCAAUUCACAUGGGUGACCCUGGUCUGCUGGGAAUACAAGAUCUUUCCAAACCGGAUUAUGGAGAUCCAGUUCACUUUCACCCUGGUGAUAUUCCAGUGUUUUGGGCCUGUGGAGUAACAGGAGUAGAAGCAGUCAUCAACUGCAGAGCUCCAUUAGCUUUUACUCAUUCUCCUGGCUGCAUGUUCAUUACCGACCUAAAGAAUGACAAUGUCACAGUUGGAUCCUCAAGAGAAAUCCCACAAGUCCACUGCAUUUCUCAUGAUCCUCUGCAUUAUAGUGUUGUUUCAGCAGAAGCAGCCCAGAAGAUACAGGCUCUAGAGACCCUAAUUGCCAUAGAUCCAGGAGACCGGGGUAUAAUUCACCUACACCACCAGGGCGAGCUGCUGAAGGCUUGCCUGUCCAUCUCCCAUGCUCGGUCAGUGCUGAUAACAACUGGAUUUCCUACUCACUUCGCUUACGAUCCGCCAGAAGAGAAUGAUGGGCCCCCGGGAGCCCUCGCUAUUGCGGCUAUGUUGCAGGCCUUGGAGAAAGAGGUUGCCAUAGUAACAGAUCAGAGAGCCAUGAAUCUGCAUAAAAAGAUUAUUGAAGAAGCUGUUCAACUAGGAAUCCUGAAGAAACCUGUCCCUCUAUUGAGUUAUCAAAAGGAGAGUGCUGAUUCAGCUUUAAUGUUUUUGUGUGAGAAUGGGAAUCCUGAAAGACCUAGAUUUGAUCACCUGAUAGCAAUAGAGCGUGCUGGGAUGGCUGCUGAUGGCAAUUAUUACAAUGCCAGGAAAGUUAACAUUAAACAUCUAGUGGAUCCCAUAGAUGAAUUAUUUUUAGCUGCACAAACCAUUCCAGGAGUCACAACAACAGGUAUGUGCGACUUUUUGUGUUACAUUCUCAGAAGCAAGAGAAACACAAAACAGGAACUCUUACUGGAAGUGAAGGAGAACAGGAGGCAGGUGCUGAAUAACUGCUUGUGGGCUACAGCUGUUUGUCGUGGCUGAAUUUAGAGAAUGUUGCUGGAGAAAAAUUAGAGGUUUCUAUUGCAGGAUUCUCACAACCAAAAAAAAAAAAAA